GCUGUUCCGUGGACCGUGGGGCAAAAACAAAUUCUGAGAAAACCGUGGGGCGAAGUUGAAACCCUGCGGCUGCAAUGGAGGCGGCGGCGGCGGCCGUGGGCGGGGAGGACGACGGGAGGGGUCGGAAGGGAAGCUGGUACGCGGUGGGGGAGCGCGCGGUGCUGGUGCCGUACCUGCGGGAGCACGUGCCGCGGUACCACGAGUGGAUGCAAGACCCGGCGCUACUGGAGGCCACCGCGUCGGAGCCGCUCUCCCUCGCCCAGGAGUUCGAGGUCCACCGCUCCUGGACCCUCGACCCUCUCAAGCAUACUUUCAUAGUGCUGGAUAAGGAGUUGAUCGAGGGAGAGUUCGUGGUCGGGAACCCACACACCGAAGCUAUGAUUGGCGAUGUCAACAUCUAUAUGAAUGACCCUGAUGAUUUGGAACUUGCAGAGAUAGAGAUUAUGAUAGCUGAACAAAAGAGCCGUGGAAAGGGACUAGGUCAAGAAGUGACCUUAAUGAUGAUGUCGUUUGCAGUAGAGAAAUACGGAAUUCACACUUUCAGAGCAAAAAUUAGUGAUUCGAAUACUGCAUCGUUAAAGCUCUUCAGAAAAUUGGGCUUCAAGGAUGCUUCCCAUAGUGCAGUUUUUAAGGAGGUGACACUGGAGGCGCCUGCAGCUGAACUCCCAUUAAGCUCCCCUCUGACCGUAGGAAGUUGGUGACAUCUGUGAUUAUAUGCCCCAAGAUGUGUUGCAGUAGACAUGCAAUCAGUGGUUGGUCUUCAUCAACUGAUAGAAGCUACUCCCUCCGUUCCAAAUUACUUGUCUUGGAUUUGUCUAGAUACGGAUGUAUCUAGACUCAUUUUAGUGCUAGAUACCUCCGUAUCUAGACAAAUCUAAGACAAGUAAUUCGGAACGGAGGGAGUAAUUGUGUGAGCUAUCAGCAUACUUAAUGUAAUGAGUACUGCCUUCAUCUGCCAACAACUGCUUGGGCCGAUUGCGCACAGAGAUAUAUAUAGCAAUAAUAAUAGGAAGAACCCUGUGUUGGGUUCCUGAGCAGUUGAGGUGACGCCUAAUGUUUUGUGGCGAAGCGUUGCAAGUUCGGUACAAAUUGCCAUUGGGGCAAACUUAACAAGGUCGCGGUAAUUUGCAGGAACUGUAGAUGGUAUAUGCAUCGUCAAUGACACAACAUGGGACAUUUUGUUUUGAAGCAUUUCACGGUGCU